AUGUUAAUGUGUCAAGUUCGCCACCUUCAGUUACACGGAAGGUUGCAUUUACUAUCGAGAUUUUUAAGUAGAAGUCCAAAUUCAAGUCAAAGUGCGAUUCCUCAACAACUAUCAAAAGAUGAUCUGAAACAAGAACAUUUACCGAUCGGUGCUUUGCCUGUUGAAAACAAAAAUACCAACGAAAUAUUUCCAACAGCAAGAGUUAUUCCAAUGAUGUUGACCAACAAGGAAUCUGUCGUGUUACCUUUUGACGAUGUACCAGGUCCGAAAUCAUUGAAGUAUUUGUCAACAGUGCGUCAGUAUUUAUCGGAUAUCGGCACUCAACUGACUGCUGGUAUACUGACAUUUGGAGUCAACAUAGGAACCUUCAUAAAUAGUAGAAAGCCUUUGAAAAAAUUUUCCGCUCUAUUCGAUGAGUACGGCCCUGUGGUACGCUUUAUAAGUCCAGUGGGUAAUGACAUUGUACUGAUCAACCACCCGGAUCAUAUUCAAAAAGUGUACACGAUAGAAGGUGAUUGCCCUGUCAGAUCAACAUUGGAUUCCCUGGAAAAAUACCGUAUUGAACACAGAAAUCAUAUCUAUGGAGGACUUUACACACUUAACGGAGAGGAAUGGAGUCGUCAACGAUCUAUUAUAUACACUCCAUUGCACAAUGCGGUCACUUAUCAUAUUCAAGGAAUCGAUGACAUUUGUGAAUACUUUUCUCAAAAAAUUUAUAACAUGAGGAAUUACCAAGACGAGAUCCCAAAAGAUUUGUAUAAAGAUCUACAUAAAUGGGCUUUUGAUUGCUUGGGUCUGAUACUGUUUUCGAAGAAGUUCUCAAUGUUAGACACUGAUCUCGUAUACAGUCAAUGCGACAUGUCUUGGAUGUAUCAUAGCUUGGAGAAGGCUACCGAAGCAGUCAUCAAAUGCGAGUCCGGUUUACAGUGGUGGAAGAUAUUAUCUACUCCAGCUUGGUAUUCUUUGGUCAAAUACUGUGAUAGUUUGGAUAGUUUGAUUGGCAAAUACGUCCUGGAGGCAGAACAGGCCAUUUCAUACAAAGCUAAAGAAAUCGAAGAGCAAUACCCCAACAGCAAUAUUUUGAUCAACGCAAUGCUGCUCGGUCAAGAAAAGAUGAAUCCUGAAGAUAUAGCAACCGUCAUUAUGGACAUGUUGCUGAUUGGAGUCAAUACGAUUACUUCUUCAACAUCAUUUCUUUUAUACUAUUUAGCGAAAUACCAAAAAGCUCAGAAAAUACUUUAUAAAGAGAUCCAAGAAACUUUUCCUGAGCAGAAAAUUAUGGAUUUAACAAAAAUAAGAGAGCAAACACCAUACCUUCAGGCGUGUAUCAAAGAAACAUUAAGAUUAACACCUCCAAUUCCAGUGCUUACAAGAAUAUUGCCGAAAAAUAUAACUCUGGAUAAAUAUAAUAUUCCACGUGGAACUCUAAUUAUCAUGUCUACCCAAGAUGCAUCAUUAAAAGAAAGUAAUUAUGAUGAUGCAAACACAUUCUGUCCAGAACGAUGGCUGAAGUCAGACUCUAAUGAAUAUCACUUGUUUGCUUCAAUUCCUUUUGGAUAUGGUGCUAGAAAAUGUCUAGGCCAAAACAUAGCUGAAACUAUGAUGUCUCUCUUGACUGUCAAGCUUUUACAAAAAUAUAAACUGGAAUAUCACUAUGGUGAUUUGGAACCAACACGAAGCUUUAUUGCAAGACCUAAGAGAGCAUUGAAAUUAAGGUUUAUUGAUAGAAUUUAAUAUUUCUGUAGUUUUAACUUAUUGUC